AUGUCUGACUACGAUGUUGUUCCUGGCACUGUCUACUUGGUAGAGGGCUCUCGCCAGGCUGGCGCUCCUCGCGACAUCUUGCUUUUGCCGACGCCGUCUUCAGAUCUCAUGGAUCCACUGCGAUGGUCCAAAUGGCGAAAAGCCUACCAUUUAUUCUUGCUAGUAGCCUACUCCUCCCUCCUCGGCGCUCUCACAAACUGGGAAUCCGUAAUCUACCUCAACCUAACCGAAGCCUACCGCACCCCCAUAACAAACCUCAACAUCGGCCAAGCCAUCACGCUCCUCCUCCUCGGCGUCGGGAACGUCUUCUUCGUACCCCUCUCCAACAAACUCGGCCGCCGCUCCAUCUACAUCUGGACUCUCGUCCUCGUCCUCGCCUCCGAGAUCUGGAUGAUCUUCUCGCGCAGCAUCGGGGAUUACCAGGGCGCGCACGUCAUUCUGGGCCUAGGGGCCGCGCCCUUUGAGGCGUUGGUUGCGAUUUCGAUCUCGGAUGUCUAUUUUGCGCAUGAGAGGGGUUCGAAGUUGGGGUAUUAUGUUUUUGGGUUGGCGUUUGGAUCCUUUGUUGGACCGAUUUGUGCGGGCUACAUGACUGUUGAUCAGGGGUGGAGGUGGAUUUAUCAAUGGGGUGCGAUUUUGACUGGGGCGCUGCUGGUGUUGUUUUACUUCACGUUCGAGGAGACGCACUUUGUCCGCUCUUUCGAUGCCCAGGAAGGUCAAGUCGUGUCCCUGGAGAACGUCGGGGAUGAACAGCGUCGUAGAUCUCUUGGCUCUGCCUCCUUGAAAGUGAAGGAGAUGGACAAAGAUGUCGGCGCUGAGCUGCAGAGAGAAACUACACGUGGCCUCAUAGCAGGCGAAGUCUUCGAGUCCGACUCCUGGACCCUCCAAUUUACCCUCUGGAAGAUCUUCCCUCACUCCUGGAUCGAAGUAUGCCGAGAAUUCUACCGUCCACUCCAACUCUCGAUGUUCCCAGCCGUCCUCUGGUGCGGCAUCAACUACGGCACCUGUGUCUCCUGGCUCGCUGUAAUGGGAACCACGAUAGCCGAAGUCUUCGCCCGACCGCCCUACCUCUUUUCCAGCAGCGACCUCGGCCUCAUCUGGAUCUUCCCCAUGAUCGGCUCCCUCUUCGGCGCAUACUUCUCAGGACCUCUCAACGACCGUCUGACUCUGUACCUCAGCACCCGCAAUCGCGGCUGGAGGGAGCCCGAGUUCCGCCUCUGGGCUUUCAUCCCCAGCGCGCUGAUCAUGCCCUGCGGCCUUGUCAUGUAUGGCGUCACAUCCGCUCAUGGCUUGCAUUGGAUCGUGCCUAUCAUUGGUACGGGCUUCGUUGGCUUUGGACUGAGUGUCGGUGGGACGGUCUCGAUUGCGUAUAUCGUCGAUUGCUACAAGGACAUCGAUACGCAAGCCGUCACAACGAUCAUUCUGAUCAGGAAUAUUGUGGGGUUUGCCAUCACCUGGGGCAUCCAGCCAUGGAUUGAUGGCAUGGGUCAGCAGAACGCGUUUAUUCUGGUUGGUGUGCUGAGCUUUGUAAUCACGGGUUUUGCUGUGGUAUUCAUUGCUUUUGGGAAGGCUUUCAGGAGGUUGAUGGCGAAGAGGUAUGCUGGACUUGCUGCCGAGGCGGCAAGGAUGAGUGGGUGA